GCUGAACCUGAGCGAAGACCUGAGUGUGAGCAGGAAAUCCUACAACUCUUCAAGAGCCCCGACGUUCAAUAAUUCAUCCGUUCUGAGGACAGCAUGUUUAUCGACCAGCGUCUUGUUGCACUUUUCAGACAGAACUGGCAGCACACCCUGACAUACUGGUGUGUGUUCUUUAGUUUUGGACUCUGUAUAGCAUUCCUUGGGCCGACUAUUUUAGAUCUGAAAUGUCAGACCGACUCAACACUACAGGAGAUCACUUGGGUUUUCUUCUCGCAGCAGAUCUGUCUACUUAUUGGCAGCUCCAUUGGCGGCGUUUUCAAGAAAACGUUGCUCAGUGCUCUUUCUGCUCUCUUCCUGUCUUCCCUCCUCAUUUCUCUGAUCUUUGCCAUCAUUCCUCUCUGCUACAAUGUGCUGCACUUGGCCAUAGCCAUGGCUGUGUCAGGACUGGCGAUGGGCAUCAUCGAUACGAUUGCAAACAUUCAGCUGGUGGCUCUUUACCAGAAGGACUCCGCCAUCUUCCUACAGGCAUUGCACUUUUUCAUCGGCUUCGGUGCUCUCGUGAGCCCUCUGAUCGCAGAUCCAUUCCUUUCAGAGCACUGUCACAGUGUGAACAGCACAGAGCAUGAGGCAAUAAUGCACCACUUCAGACACAGUCUUGCAGGCCUCAGGAGUCCGAUGCUUCUGAACCAAUCUGGAGAGCAUUCUGGAGGAGUCACAGAGCAGUCCAGUGUGUCCUACGCUUUCUGGAUCAUGGCUGUAAUUAAUUUGCCAGUACCCAUCGCAGUGCUUGUGCUAAUGUACUGCGAGAAGCUGAUCCCCUGUUGCCCGAAUGGCUCUCCACGUCUCCUGGACAAAGAUGAGCUGGCCAUGCAGACCAACACAACUGAGUGCGCAGAGGCACAAGAGCAAGAAUCUGGAGGCCAUGGAGACCUUUUCAGCUGCUGUAGGAACGGAAACCUGCGUGAGCUUCCUGCCUCGUUCUUUGGAAUUCAUAUUCUGGGAGGUCUGGUCCUCUUCAUGACUGAUGGCAUUGUGGGUGCCUAUGCUGGUUUUGCGUACACAUAUGCUGUGUCGUCUCCGAUGUCACUGCAUGCUAAAACAGCUGGCUAUUUACCCUGUAUCUUCUGGGCUGCUAUCACCGGAGGAAGGUUGAUGUCCAUUCCACUGGCCUAUCGCUUCAGACCAAUGUACCUGCUCAUGUUUAGUCAGGUUGGCGUAAUAGUGACCGUAUUGCUACUGCUGAUUUUUUACACUAGUAGCCUGUUCCUCUUUGUGGGGACGUGUUUACUCGGCCUCUUCCUCAGCAGCAUCUUUCCAUGCAUGCUUGCUUACACUGAGGACAUUCUAGACUACAAGGGAUGUGCCACUACUGUCAUAGUGACCUGUGCUGGAAUGGGUGAAAUGGUCCUCCAGGUCGUGAUUGGAUCGAUCAUCCAGACACGAGGCAGCUACAGUUUCCUCCUCUGUGGCAUGAUUGCCGGCUGCAUUGGAUUUGCUCUCUUCUUCAGCCUCAUGCUGUGUCACUACUUCCACAGAAACUACCUCAGAGGAACAUCUAAAAAGACAGCUAUGAUGGAGCAACCAGAUGCAGUGGAGGCUCCGGCAGAGAGAGGAGAGGAGGAAGCAGAAGUGAAAACGGAGGAGAAAAUAAAGGAUGAAAUAGAAAUGAAAACCGAGCAGGAAAAUGAAGAAAGAUAACAGUUUCUAUUAUUGAAAAAUUUGAGGUCCAAACUGAUCCUACAUACAGGCAGAGUAAUAUCUGCAAACACAAUGUAAUGAUCCAGGAGUUUCUUUUUGCAUGGCAUCAAAGUUUAAUCAUGCCUAAAACAUAGUGUUUUUUUAGUUGCAUACUAAACCUGUUUUCUGUAAAUGAAGACACGGUGAACAUAUGGCAGGCUUUUCGUUAUUUUUUUCAGUGAAAAAGCAGGAGAUGCCCAUUUGAUUCGUACUAGGGGCAAUAGACCAGACAAAGGUCAAUAGCGUUGGAUCAUGUUUCCACUAUUCUGUAUGUACUGUGUGGUCUUAUUGCAUCACCCAGUCCAGGGGUUCUUUUAAAACUUUUCAUCUUAUUUAUUGUGUUUUGUAAAGGCAUUUCACAGCAGUGAAUCCAGCCGCAUAUUAUCUCUAAAAGCUGGAUGAAUGUGGGCCUGUCAGUCCAUUUCAGCCACCUAAAUUGUUGCAUUAUCCUUUUGUUGGUAUGUAGAUGCAGUACAAUGGUUUUGCUGUAAUAAACUCUUUUAAAAAGA